CGUUGAGGUAACAUCUCGUUCUUCCGUGUUCUGUUCGUGUUUGCCGAAUCAAGCCAAAAAGCGUGCACCUCGUUCUUCCAAACUUCUGAAAGAAUACAUUAACCGUCAUAGUAUUUUCCCGGGAACAAAGCAAUAGAAAUCCUGUGUGCUUGUGCAUGGCCGUAAUAAGUUUCGCGUCCUAACGAUAUAGAAGAAAAAACGCGCGUCGUUGUGAACGGUUUGUGACCGUUGUGUGGCUACGUUUUCCCCGGGGACCAAUACCUCGGGCAGAAAAGAAGUGAAAACAGAAGAUAAAUACAUUACCGUGCACGAUCACAGGGCAGUUUAUCUGCAGUGAAAAGUUGUGCCAGGUUUCCGUGUACGUGCGUACCAAAGUGUUACCAAGCCGCCAGUGAUAAUACCGCAAAAACGCAGUAGAAAGCUAUCACUUCACAGAACAACUCGGACAACACCAUCAGCAUUGUUCCGCAGGAAUCUCUAACAAGAACAAGAUGUCACUGCAGGUGUCAAACCAAACAUCCACCGGGCGUCGAACGCCACAGGUUUACCAAGGCUUCGGUGGUAAUGUCCCAACUGGAGCGGCCGCUCCCGGUGGUGGUGGUGGUGGACCCGCUGCAAACGGAGCCGGCGGGAAUGUUGCAGGAAGUCAGACUCGCACCACAAAGGGAGGCGCCGGUGGGAAGCAGUCGCAGAUUCCGGUAGCCAUCGGUGGCACGGCGGGAGGCAUCGAAGUGGGCUCACCCUCAGUCCCACCGACGGCCGUGGUACAUCCCGGCAGUGGAGGAAACAACGCCCCGGUGGUGGCGGAUGUCCCACCGCUGGCAUUUGUCGGCAAAAAGCAGCAACAGUUCUCGUCCCAGCAACAGGCACAGCAACGGAUGCUCGAACAGUACAUGCAACAGCAGCAAGCGGAAGCGGCGGCCAAAGAUAAUGCCACUGGUGGUCAGAAAGCGACAAACGGAAGCAACGCUAAUGGAGGUGGAGUGCAGCAGCAGCAGCCUGCGGUUGUUGAAAAGAAUGGUACUGGCACGAAGAAAACCGAUUCGGAAUCAGCAAAAUCUUCGGCAACAACAACAAACACCGAGGGUGCCAAGGUUCGUGAUAGUCCACGUUCGAGUGGCCGAACACAGAAGGCUUCGGAUGAGUUGCCGAAAGCAUCGGACCAGCCAGCACCGAAGGAGAAACAACAGUCCUCCGGGGGCAACAAAACGCCACAGAAGGGAACUCCUGGCGAUAGCUCGCUGGUAGCAGAGAAGCCAUUGAAGGGUUUCGACGCCGAUGGGGAGGAGAUGGAAUCUCUACUGUUGGAGGAUUGGGAUCUUGAGGAACUGUCGAAGUCGUCACAGCAGCAGGGAAGCGCCAAAUCUAAGCUCCCCAAACCAAGCCCGACUGCGAUGGCUCGCGUUGCUCCGAAUAAGUCGACCGGUAAACAGACGGGUGAUGUCAAGCUUGAAACCGUCGUAGAACAGAAGCCACAACCGACGGUCCAGGAAAAAUCCUCACCGAAAGCCACCGAAGCGGCAGCCCCCGGUACGCCGCAGAGUGUCGGUUCGGAGCUGAACAUCGGACGCCCGCUCCGUUCCAUCUCGGGUCGCCGCUCGACUCGCCCGAUCAGCGAUAUCAAGUUCACCCACCAUCGCAAAUCGAGUGAGCUGAACGAUUCCAUUUCCAGCCUGAACGUAACCGUCGGCUCGGACGUGUACAUGGACAGUCUGCGCACACCCGGAUCGGCCACCCGCAAGCGCAAGGACAUGACACCCGAGUCCACCACCGAGGCGGUUGAGAGCCCGAAACGUGCCCGGCUCGAUUUCAGCGGCUUCUUAGGCAUGGUGGCCACUCCGGUGACGAUGCUCAAGAACCGUUUGUCGCGCGUCAAGCUGCAGUCGUCGACACCACGCGCACUCGCCGUCGAGGAGGAGGACGCCUCGAAGGUGGUCACGGCGGAAGCAACCACAACGACUACUACCACCGUCGUGGCAGGGGACGAUGCGGCGAAGGCUACGAGCAGCAGUAGUAACACCAUGGAGGUCGACGAGAAGGAUGUCACCGUUGCCACGACGGAGGCUAAGGAAAACAAACAGGAGGGCGAGGGAUCGGGGGGAGAACCUGCGAAGGAGGAGGACGAUAGCAACCGGCAGCAAUCCACUUCCGCCGUCGCCGACGCCAACGACGAGGUCGAGGUGAAGAUCGUCACAGACCAACCGCAGAAGCAGUGGUGCAGCGUGAUGUAAACGGAAGAAUGUCCAACACUGCACAGCUUGGGCAACAUAUCAUCACCCACCUUCUAAUUUGUCCUCCACAAAUGUGCUCCCUCGUCCCGGCGCCCAAAUUCAGUUCCAACAGUUUUAAACACUUUUUCCCCCCCCCCAAGUGCUGCAAUCAACAUGAUCGAACGAUCAUCUUACUCUGUUCGGUUAGUGAAAACGCCCGUCGUGUUGGCGUUGAUGUGGCUCAUUUUUAUUUACAUGUAGUAUGUAUGUUCCGUUCCGUAACGCACGCGGAUCACUAGACGGUAGAUAAGCACACAAACACCCACCGCCGCGUACCUUUGAACGUUUCGAAGGGAGGCGGUAUUAGAAUGUUUGUUUGUUCUUUUUUUUUUAGUUGCAACCACCAUCGUUCAGUAACGAUGGUAUGGAGGAGGAAGAUAUGCGCUACUCCUAUCUGGCCGGGGAACCCUUCCCUGGCGAUAGGAAGGAGCAUUUGUUCAUACACAGGUGUAGCUCGUUCUGUUUUGGAUUAAAGUUUUAGUAUCAAAAAAUUGAAAUAAAAUGAAUAGAAAAAAAAACAUUACACGAGAGAAAAACGCGAAACCGCAAAAAAGAAUGAGCAUUGAAAUUAGAAAAAAAACUGUAGGAAGAUGAACCAAACAGAACAAAGAAGAAACCACUGCUCAAACGAAACAAGAUUUACAGGGGUUGAGAAUUUUUUUAGAAUUUUAGAAAUGUAUCACCCACAUUAGUUCAUUUGUCGUACCCAGCAACUUGAGGAAGAGAUAGAAAUAGUAGAAGCACGUACACUGAAAACUGCAAUAAAAAUCCUGAACAACCGAUAGAACAUA